UACAGGACCUCCUCACCUCAGCCACUCUCCCGGCUCUGCAAACCCUGCUCUUUCCCCCACCUUUAAAAACCCUUUCUCACUGAGCAUGCUGCUCCACCCCACCCUGUCCUGCUGUAGUUGCAGUACUGCAGCAUCUCUCUGUGGUGUUGUUGUUGCUCCCAUCAGCAUCUCAUCCUUCCACUUGAUGAGCCAUCAUGGACUGUGUGUCUGUCUGCGGUGGGAGUGUGGUAGUGCUGUCAGAUGAUCAACACUAAUGCAGGUCCAGCCUCCACUGGGAUUAUCUGGAAUGGAUUUUAGCUCUGGAGGUGGUAACACUGGACCAAGCUGCUCUUGCUGAUUACUACUCAAGAUGUCUACUCACCAGGAGUGUUUUUACUCUCCAUAUCACACUGCCUAAUCAUUUAUUUGUUAAUCUGAUCAUUAACACACUGGUGUUCUUUUAACUUUGGGCACCUUUUUCUUCUGUGAUUUCCCCCUUCUUUUUAACAAUGAUCUUAAAGUUUUGUCACACCUUUAGUCCUUUUAAAGAGAAGUGGAAUCAUGGAUUUUUUUAUAAUUCACAUGCUGCUACAAAUGAAAGAGCAAUAUUUUUGCCCCUUUUAAUUUGCGAACUCCAGUCAAAAAUGUGCAGUGGAAUUGAAAGAAGAUGGAAUGGAGUUGAGCAUCAGCAUUAUGUAGUUACAGGAUGUCCUGAUUUAUCACCUGAUUAUCAGUGAGUUAUUGGAGUAUGUUCAAGACUGGACAUUUCUGACUUGUGAAAUGUAAAGAAAUCAUUAUCAGAGUUCAGACCACAUAGAAUCUGUACUGGGAAAAGCUAUGAGUGAAGGAGUACGUGGAAGCUCUGGACCCAAGCCCUGUGAAGCCUGUCGACAGGAGGAGAUAUACGAGGAGCCCCAGUCCAUUCUCAAUAGCAAUGAGGCUUUUCCAGACAAUGCAGCCGGUAGAGAAAUCGCCAGCCUGCCUGCCAAAUGUUUCAAUGGGGGCUGCUCUUGGACAGGUUGCAUCAAAGAAUAUGAGGCACAACACGAGGGCAAGUGCGAGUAUGAGCACGUACCAUGUGAAGCCUGCCAGGUCCUCAUCCUGCGCAGUGAAAAAGAGAUGCAUAACGAGAGAGAAUGUGAAGAAAGAACAUUGAACUGCAAGUACUGCAAAGUCUCCUUCAACUUCAAGCAGAUCAAGGCUCAUGAUGAAAUCUGCCAGAAGUUUCCCAUGCAAUGCAAGGACUGUGGAAAGAAAAAGAUCCCACGGGAAAAGUUUCUAGAUCACAGCAGAUCCUGUGCCAAGUCUAAGACUGCAUGUCCAUUCAGUGAGGUCGGCUGCAAGGCUGUGAUUGAUAAUGGAAAGCACAGUGACCACGAGCAGACGAGCGUCAUGGAGCACAUGCGUCUGAUCCUGGCGACGUCUAUGGUGCGGCUGCAGCGUCCGGAAGCCCCGGGGCCGGGGGAGUGGCAGGAGGACUCUGGUCUUGGCCUGUACCGCGCUCCUGAGGAGGGAGCCACAGCUUCUGCAGCCACAGUUGGUGGCGGAACUGCUGCCUCUGGACAGACCAGUGGCCUUGACCAUAAGGUGACAGUGCUGGAGAAUAUAGUGUGUGUACUGAACAGAGAAGUAGAGAGGAGCUCUCUCACUUUAGAGGCCUUCUCACGACAACAUCGACUAGACCAGGACAAGAUUGAGAACCUCAGCAACAAGGUGCGUCAACUAGAGCGUACUCUCACCAUGCGGGAUCUACAGCUAGCCGAGACGGACCAGACUCUGAGGGAGCUCCAGUUCUGCACCUUUGACGGUGUGUUUGUUUGGAAGAUCGCUGACUUCUCACGCCGCCGGCAGGACGCUGUGGCCGGGCGAACACCUGCCAUGUUCUCACCAGCGUUCUAUUCCAGUAAAUAUGGCUAUAAGAUGUGUCUAAGACUGUAUCUGAAUGGGGACGGAACAGGUCGAGGGACACACCUUUCUCUUUUCUUUGUGGUGAUGAGGGGCAAGUGUGACGCUCUGCUCAAAUGGCCCUUCAGUCAGAAAGUGACUCUGAUGCUGCUGGAUCAGAAUAACAGGGAGCAUAUUAUUGACGCCUUCCGACCUGAUGUCAGCUCCACCUCUUUCCAGCGGCCAAUCAGUGAGAUGAACAUAGCCAGUGGCUGCCCACUCUUCUGCCCAUUAUCUAAACUGACAGGCAAGAGCUCCUACCUUAGGGAUGAUACCAUUUUCAUCAAGGCCAUUGUAGACCUCACAGGCUUGUAGAGGCUGUGGAAGCCCCCUACACAAAGGCACAAAAUGCAGACUAAUAUAUAUAACUUCUGAAAUGACAUGAUAUAAGUAAUAUUAUUAUAAAAUGCAUAUAUUUAUUAUUAUAAGUAUAUCAUAGACACUGUUUAUUUUGCUGGCUGAAGGCACUGGAAUGAAAAAUGAAUUCUGCUAGCAGAUCUUUUCAAUUGGUUUAAACAGAGAAAAAUAGGGUGAGUGAUAUGGCCAACCCAAGUGUUGGCUCUGACUACUAGAAGUGCAGUAUUAUGCAGAGGAUGCCGUGACUUUUUUUGAAUGCAAGGCAAUAGGAGCUUGUCAAAAUUGGUCAGAAAAUAGGCUUAUUGCACAUAUAUCACGUUAUGUAUUUCUAUCAUAUUUUCCAAUAUUUCUUAAUUUAGAGACACUGAUGUGAUCGUGCCUAAAUGACACUGUCAAGUUGUGAAAAACAAAUUUUACUUGAGGUAGCACCUGUUGUACACAUGGACAAGGAUGUGUUAGAGAUCCUGCCCAUUCAUCAUGUGAGCAGGCACAACUUUUUAAAUGGCAAAACCAAUCGGUCGGUAAUUUAUAUUAAAGAAAUGUUCCACAAACUCCGCCUAGUGCUUUCUCAAAAAAGCUACAAGCCGGUCCCAAGCCCGGAUAAAGGAGGAUGGGUUAGGUUAUGCAUAAGACUAGCAGGCGCAAUCUGUAAAAAUAAAAUAAAUGUGGGGGGGGGGCAACAGUACAAUUGUACUAGUUGAUCAUAGAUGGCAAAUGCUCCUUGAGGAGCAAUGGGCCUAACUAAGUAGCUAAGAGCAUUCCAAAAACAUAAGUACGCUUUCCCAUUUAAACAGUUGUGCACUCGCAUCCAGUAGCGGUGUGUGGGUAAAAUCACUGGGGAAGCCAAGCCAGGGGGGGAAAAGCCAUAUUACAACCUGUGUGUCG